CGGAUAUUGUGUUGCCAAACAUAACGACCAGUUCUUACGUGUUCCAGGCCAGACGUGGUCUCGACUUGGUAGUCGUGGAGGGAGGCUGGUAGAUGGGGAUCAAGUCCGCCGCCUAUUCGCGACCUGAGCUCAUCUACAGUCCGUCCUUUGGUCCGGCCGACCAAAGAUAGAAGACAAGAAGACUUACCCCAGGAAUUCUACUCUGCAUGUUUCUCGACAGAAAGCUCCCCGGAAUCUCACCUAUUGGGGAGCUUGUGGGGUCCUUGCCGCACAAGACCAGAAGUCACUGGACUCUAGACUCGUCGAACAUGGCAGCCGCGUCACACAGCCAAUACCCUCGAUCUCCCAACCCUUCCACAAGGUCAUACGACUCUUCGUCAGUAUCUUCUGCAACUUCUCCAGCGCCUCCUACCCAGUACUUGGGCGGCUUGAUGAGCACAAGUGCGAGGUCGAACCCGGCGCCAGCACCACACCCCAUCGGUAUUCCCCCAUUGCCCCCGGUUCAUCAGCAUUCGUCCUUCCAGCCGUAUACUCCAGUCACCGCGACGACCAUGAUCGGGCGGGAUUCUUUACCGUCGAACGAGUCCGUUGCCAGCACGCCCGGAACAGCCAAUGCACAGCUCCCACCAACCUCUGCCAGCAGUAGCAAUGUGCAGCAAAAGCGGGCCUACCGGCAGAGGAGAAAAGACCCCAGCUGUGACGCCUGCCGAGAGCGUAAGGUCAAGUGCGACGCGACGGAGACGACCAGCUGUUCUGAGUGCUCUAGCCGCAAUGUCAAAUGCCAGUUCACCAAGGAGACGAACCGCCGCAUGUCGUCCAUCAAGCAAGUACAGGAUCUCGAGAAACAGAUAGAACGCGUCCGCAGGGAGAACAACAGCCUCCGACGCAUGAUCUCAGAAAAGGAUGGACAGCUGGAUGUGGACGCUGAGGGCAUCGAGCAGCUACCCCUUCAGCUUCCCAGCAUAGGAGCGGAACCGAAGAGGAGGAAGCGCCCAGCGCCCAUGCAUGACCUCUCCAGGGCGCGAUCGAAUUUGUUGAGUAUCUCGAAAGGCGUCUGGAAGCCGCCAGCACAGUACCGCAACUCUCUGACCGCGACACUAUUCGACGCCCAACGGCCCGAGUUGCCACCGAUACAGGCGACGAAGCAGCUCCUUGAUAGCUACUUUACUUCUACGCACAGCAUGUUUCCAAUACUCCACUGGCGCACUUUCGAGCAGGGCAUUGAGGACAUGUACAGGGCGGCAAGCUUACAGAGUGUUCCUCUGUCGUUCAUGUCCAUGUUCUUCGCCGUUCUGGCAGUCGGCAGUCUGUUUACACCUGAAGCACCAAGCGAGCGGUCAUACCGCGGCUCCGAACUCCUUGAAAUGUCACGGAAGCUGGUCGAUCCAUGGAACAACAACUUUGUGCUCGAUGAUGCGCGAACGCUAACUUUGCAAUCAAUCUUCCUCAGCGAGAUGAACCUUAAAUCCGCAGCGUGGAACUGUCUAGGGAAUGCCGUCCGAGUUGCGCAAGACAUUGGGCUGUACUCCGAAUCAGGGCCGUGGCCGGUCAUAGAGGGAGAAAUGCGUCGACGAGCUUGGUGGACGAUCUACAUCCUUGACCGCAGCCUCUCCGUGGAGCUCGGCAGACCACUUCUCAUCGACGAUUCCGACUGCGACGUGUCUCUUCCCGCAGGCGUCGACGACGCUUACAUCCACGACGGCGGGAUGACCGUCCCUGCGGGAGCCGAGCCCCUGACGAACUCCCUUCUCGCCCUCAUCAACGUAGUGCGAUCGUACGGUGCCCUUCACAAGGCUCUCGCCUCCCCAGUGGUGGCACCAACCCGGCUCGCAACUUUCGACUCGCACUUCGCAUCCUGCCUGCGCACCUUUCCACCAGCAUGCGAUCCUUCGUCCCAGGUUCCAUUAAGCCCUCACCUCCUCAAUCCCUUAAUCUACCUACUGCACGCUCGCCUUCUCCUCCACAGGCACAACCUCACGCCCAGCUGCCCAUCCGACGUCCGAACCUCGGCGAUUGAGCAGUGCACCCACACAGCACUGGAGACCGCCUCUCUCAUCACCCGAACAACACCUCAGCUCCCCGACGGGGCCACUUCUCUGCUCGCUAUGCAUCUGUUUCGCUGCACACUGUUCCUCUUACUUGCAGGAUAUUUGGAUGCAGCCACAGCCUGUAUUCGCGCACUGGCUGCCAUCGGUACACGGCGGGAUGUCACUGCGCCGUGUGGGCGUUUUCUGUCGUUCUUCGCAGCAGUCCUAGCAGGAAAGAAGACGGAGUAUGCGGCCUACAUAGCCAGGAGCAGUCCACAGUCGCUCGCACAGCCGCCCCCUGCUUCUGGGAGGGCACAGCCUAGCCCGUUGCAAGAUGCGCUUCUGAGGGAUGAGGAACUACUUGUGUAUGUCAGUGCGGAUCUUCAGGCUGGCCCGGAGACGGGUUGGGUCUGGGUGGGCGGCGAAAGGGAUGCGCAGGCACAGCAGUCUCCCAGCCCUGGACUGGUACGGAGCAGUGCGUCUGGGAGCGGAAAGGGGGCUUUGUUCAGCUCGGAGGCCCGAACCGGGCUCAGUGAGGAGGAGAGCCGAGACUGGGGCGGAUGGGAGAGAGUUGAAGGUCUGAUUCGCGGCCUAUCAUCUGGGUCGACUACACCUACUGCACCGGCAAGCGGCGGGCCUUGGGCCCAUGCACGUCCUGCCGUCCUGCCGCCGCCACCAGGACCGCCAUUACAAGUCAAGAUGGAACCAGGAAUGGGCCAGGUGACUCAAGCGGCCGGUCCGAGUGGCGGGGGAGGUAGCAAUGGCAACAGUCCCACGACGGGCAAGACGAAAAGUCAAGACAGAAUUAGCAUUGCGAACAUCAUCUGAUCUCGCGGUACGAACAAUUCGACGGCGACCAGAGCGAAGCACGACUACGACCAUACAAUCCUGUCUAUCAGGUUGAAUACACCCCCGCGCCGUUCCCUACAUGUUGUGGCCAUCUCGGACUUAGGAUUCCUUGGGUUUACCGGGCAGAAGUUUUUACCAGACAAAGACCUUUUUCGAGACAUAUACCUAUGCAUUGCAUGGAAGAAUGUACGACUACGAGACGAGCCAGCAGAUAAACGAUACUUGGCUUUGAAAAAUUGAAUCCCUUUUCUCCAAGCGACCGACGUUCUUCUUAAUCAGUGCGAAUACCUAUUACAAAACAUCAUAUUCCUUGCUUGGGACGGAUAAUGGAGGAGAGGAUGCGGAUGCUUGGGCUUCGGCGUGCAGGAUGAGCAACGACCAAAUGCGUUUUACUAGCAGGGUAGAUAUUGCGCAAAUCCGGCUUGGCUUGCGAGCGCGGCUGGGUCUGUUCCUCAGCAAGCUUGCCCUAGGACGAUGUGGGACGAGAGCCUAUUCUCACUAUCGCGCGACCCGAUCAGGCAUACACAAGAAAGAGCUGGUGGCCUGGCCUGUGUUUGCGUAUUGCACGGUUAUUUGCUGGCAACCCGAUGGUCCAAUCCUCUCUCCCUCAACACCUCUACCGAUGAAAAUACGGCAUAGUUUAAAUCCUGUGCCUCGUCUCUGUUCGUUACCUGAGUCUGACGUGGAAUCUGGCAUGUGUCGGACUGGAUCAUCAACAGAGGACCUAUUCUGUACUCUCUACUGGACCUUGCGACGAGUCUCGAGACGAAAGGGCUAUGGUAUCACCGCCCUGGAUGAGCAAGGAGUGUGGGACAUGGCCAGCGCACAGGAGGUGCUGAUGCUACAAAGUGGCCUACUAGGGCUUGUACAUUUCUUUCUAUCUAGCAAGGGCUGUCGGCCUAAUCCAUAGUUGACAGUCUUCCCGCCUGAGUGUACAUAAAUUAAGACUGCGAACAGGGUACUAUGGGG